AUGACUCAAUCAGCCCCCUUCCACCGCCGCUCCCCUUCCUCUCCUCAUGUUUCCAAGUCCAAGUCUACUCGUCCAGCUUUACAUCGACGAGGGACCUCAGGUGCCACCGUCACAUUUUCCAAAUUGGGCUCAGGACAAAAGGGAGCGAGCAAGUCGACGUCUGCGGACGACACUGAAUUCGAUAUGGCUAGCUUCUUGAACUUUUGUUGCCGCCGCAAAGACUCUUGCAAACCACUCUCAGCAUCAGUACCUUCCAUGUCAUCAAUGUCUUCCACCACUACACCACCUACAUCUCCUUCCCUCUCUCCACGCACUAUCGUGGCCCCAAUGACCCCUACCAGGGUGCCAAGCAACCGAAUCCCAGCCAUGCGGAUACACAGCCACGUGCAUGAUGCCAAGUCAGAUCUUGACCCCACCGAAUGGAAGCCCGUAUUAGAGCGGAGCGCCUCGUCCCUGGCAUCCUCCGAGGCCUGGAACUAUCUCUCCCAGUUCCACGGCGGCAACGAGCCCAUGCUCCGGCCCUCCGUCCAACGCAGCAGCUCCAGCCUUCCCGCUCUGGCCCACAGCCACAGUCACGUGCCCAGCCUGACAAACACCCCGUCCACCGUGGCGUCGUCCUACAGCAGCACCGCCUCUGACUACAUGGGCAGCAUGUACGAGGCCCGCCCGCUGCCCCCGCGCCACAACCCGUACUUUUCCGGUACGAGCGUGACCAAGGGCGUCGAGCUAGUUGUCCCGCACAUCGUCUCUGCGCACGAGGACGUCGGCCCCAUCCUCUCGGACAGUGGCUCUAUCCUCCCUGCCAGCAGUGCUGUGUGGGGAGAUAUCUCGUACGAAAAACGCUCUGCUCCUAUCUGCAUGGCGCGGGGUAUUGGCGGCCGGCCCGUCGAGACCUGCGUGAAGAAUUGA